AAAGAAAAAUUAAAUCAGGCUUGUGCAUAACAGAAAAGCAAACCAAUCAAUACCGGAUUCUUUCUUCCCACUUUACGCUGAAACACACCUUUCUUUUAGCAUACCACAACGAUGGCUGAGGACGAUAAUUUUGAUCUUGAUAUCUAUGGAGAUGGAGGCUACAAUGGGCAGGAAGGCCCGGAGUUGAUACUGGAUGCCCCAGAAACUAACGGUCACGGAGGAGAGCACGGCCAAUAUGGUAAUGAUACCGCACCUGAAACCAAUGGCCAUCACGAUGGAACACAACACGCUCAAGGUAAUCAAGACUCUACUGGACAGAAUCAGCCUACGCAGCAAGGUCAAAAACGAAAAGAAAUGACUUCUUUCUCUUCUUCCGGUGAUCGUCCGACGGACCCAGACGCUACUACUGCCCUUUUUGUCUCAGAGCUGUUUUGGUGGACUACUGAUGAUGACAUCCGUGGCUGGGUCAAUGAAGCUGGUGCCGAGGAUGAUUUGAAAGACAUCACAUUUAGUGAGCAUAAAGUGAAUGGAAAGAGCAAGAGUCAAGCGUUUGUCGAAUUCUCCAGUCUGCAGGCUGCUACCGCUGUUAAACACCUUAUCGAGCACUACGCCAACACCGGUCAACCCGGUCGCAAACACACGGCCAACUACACCAGCCCGCACCAGAAUCCCUUCCGUACCCUCCCUAAAGAUGCGCCCGCCCGUAAAGACGACCGCAACAACAGACAAUUCAAUCAGAUGGGUAACCAGAACAUGAAUUACGGUAUGAACAAUAUGGGUGGUGGCGGCGGCGGUUUCCGUGGACGCGGGGGCUUCAACAACCGUGGUGGCAUGGGCUACAAUAAUCGCAACUUCUCCGGUGGUAUGGGCGGCGGCGGCUUCCAAGGUGGUGGUCCUAUAGGCGGAGGAGGAUUUCAAGCCCCAAUGGGUGGCAUGAAUAACUAUGGAGGGUUCAAUAACCGCGGCGGUGGAAAUAUGAUGGGCGGUGGCAUGCGCGGCGGUCCGAAUAUGCGUGGUGGUCGCGGUGGUGCCGGCAACAUGGGCGGAGGAGCACCUAAUAUGAUGGGUAUGGGGAUGAAUCCUAUGGGAGGAAUGGGUAUGAAUCCUGCCAUGGCUGGUGGCAUGAACCCUAUGAUGGGCAACAUGGGCAUGGGCUUCCAAGGCGGAAACUUCAAUCCUAACUUCGGUGGUGGCUUCCAGGGCAAUCCUCAGAUGGGAGGUGACCAGGGAUCCUGGAACCCACAUGGAGCAAAAAGGACAAGACAGGAGUAGAAAUUGGCCAGCCUGUCUCAUUUUCUCCUAAUCCAAAUAUCUCCGUUUCUUCCCUCGUCUCUGAAUUUUUGAGGCUUGAACUGCUCUGGCGUUAUUUGUCCUUUUUUUAUUUUUUAUUUCAACGACUCGGUUUCGAAAUAAUUUAAUGGUGCUAUCAGUUUCAGUUUACAGUCAGUCAUGGGAAUGGAUAAGGAUCAUGUAAAAAUGGAUUUGCUUGGCGGUGUUGGUAUUUACCGUUUUUCUUCUUUGAUAUUUUUAUAUUGGGCUAUGAAAUUAUUUUAGGAUUUUCAACUUUUUUUACAAUUUUCUUCAUGACGUGUAUAUCAAGAUAAAAUUUAGUUACUCCCUUUAAUCUUUGCUAUUU